GACAGUAUAAUGCUUACUUGAAUUUCAAGUAAGCUGCUGGGACGUCCAAAAAUGACUUAAUUCAUAAUUUUUAAAACGUUUUAGCUUUUAUAUCAAAAGUAAGUGCGUAUGCAUAGUCAUGAAAUCAAAUUUUAAACAGGGUUCAUGCAUAAGUUCAUAAACAUGUCGUUAAGUUAUCUAUCUGACAGCGAGCAUAGUGAUGGAUCGUAGUGCAUUUAAUAUUUUCAUUAAGUUUUGAUACAAUUGCUGAUUUUUUUUUCAAUCAUAACAAGUAGUUUUCUUCCUUCGGCAAAGAUGGAUGGUAAAUUAGUAGUGUUAACAUGUGGAGGAGGAAAUGGCGCCCAUUGUUUGGCUGGACUCUCCGCAAUGAGACCCAAGAUCGAAAGUCGUGUGCUGACACUUUAUUCUGACGAGGCAGAGAGGUGGGCAGUUGAGUUAGACUCUGGUUUACUUAUCACUGUGCGAAAUGACGAUGGAAGCAAAAGCCUCAUAAAAACCAAACCAUCCAUGGUGACUAAAGACCCCCAAAAUGCCGUACCUGGGGCCAAUUACAUCUUCUUUGUUGUCCCUGCGUUUGCCCAUGCACAGUAUUUUGAAGCCAUAGCUCCAUACAUAGAAGACAACACUGUCAUUGUUGGACUACCUAGUCAUGCAGGGUUUGAGUUUGAAUGCGCGGAUCUUCUUGGAGAAAAGGCCAAUGCUUGUACAAUUGUUGCGUUCGAAUCUCUUCCAUUCGUUUGUAGACUUAUUGAAUUUGGAAAAAAUGUAGAAAUCUUGGGCUUUAAGGAUACACUGGGUGCAUCAACGUUGAAAGGUAAACGGUGCAAUGUGACGCAAUCUGUUUUAGAAUUACCACAGUACAUUUUUGGAGAUAGACCAAAAGUACGAAGAGUUCAAAACUAUAUUACUACCAUUCUGAUGGCUAAAUUCAUAGUUCAUCCUUCUUUAAUGUAUGGAAAAUGGUCUCAAUGGGACGGAAGACCCCUCUCCGAAAAACCACUGUUUUACCAAGGAAUCGAUAAGAGGCAGGCAGAGCUCUUGUCUGGAGUUAGCGACGAGUGUGUAGCAACAGCAAAAGCUAUAGAGAAGAUGGUACCUGGCCUCGAUAUGUCUGAUGUCAUUCAUGUCUUUGACUGGUAUCUGAAUUACUACGGUGAUCAAAUAUCCGACAAAAGCAAUCUCAUGACGGCCAUGAGAACCAACAAAGCUUAUGAUGGCCUAGAUCACCCCAUGAAGGAGAUAGAACCAGGAAAAUAUGUUCCAGAUUUUACGUAUCGCUACUUAAGUGAGGAUGUCCCUAUGGGAAUAGUCCCAAUGAAAGGAAUCGCUGAAUUGGCGGGCGUUUCCACGCCAUAUUUAGACGAGGUGAUCACGUGGUGUCAGAGCAAAUUAAACAAAGAAUUCCUUGUGGGUAACAAACUGACGGGCAAGGACUUGAAAGACACAAGGGCUCCACAGAAGUACGACUACAAGCUGGAGGAUCUGUUCAGUGGAAACUUGAAUUCAUUCCGGUAUUGAGUUUGGGUCGACUAAAUUGUAUCAAAGAUCAGCGUUUUACGAUUGAAAUAUUAAUUGCAAACAUUUUGUUUUGUCAAAAAGAAUAAAAGUACAUGUAAUAUGAAAACAAUCUGAGUAUACAAAUAAGAAAUUAUGACUAUUUGUAUCUACAAACGACAACUUGUGAAUAAUGUACUUAAUUUAUAAGGUAUAGUACAUGUAUUUAAGAUUUUUGUAUCCCUGAUAUAAACUGAAUUUCCGCUAACCACGGAUUUACGAUCCCAUCCUCUGCUCCACAGCGGUUGUGUGAGAGGAGAGGAGGAAAUCAUACACCCUUGGCGAACAAAGAUGUAUAAACAGAGGCUCUUUCAUAUUCCUGGUACAACAGCCUUUAUUUCAUCCUCUAGCACUCCAUUUAUUACACCUUUCAUGAACAUCUGUGUACUUUGAAUUUGCAAUACCUUUUAUAUUUCCCGAUUGAAUGGAAUGAUAUGAGAAAGGUUGAGAGAAUGGACGUAAAAAACCCAGAUAUAGAAUGUGAUUCAGAUUUGACAUUUUCUAUCUAUAUUCUGUAGUAGAUAGAUCCAUAUUUGUAUUGUAUAUGUAUCCGAAAUAAAUGAUUCCAUCCAUAGUUGACAUGUAAACUGUUUUAUAUUACUGGAUGCUGCAUUACAUGAUUAUCGCACAUAAAAAGAUUAUAAAUGAAUGCCCUUACAAAUGUCAGCCGGUGAUAAUGGUUUUUAUAUUUAACGAAAUUCCACCGGAAUGUAACAAAAUCGAAAAGACGUAACAUAGGAAGCUCGCGUGCCACUUUGCGGCUCUGUUUCUUUUUAAACCGUCAACGUGCCCAUUUUGAUGAUAAUGAGAUCAAGGCGAGGUACAACUGGGUUGUUGGAAUAGGUAAUUUAACAUAAAACGUCUUACAUUUCAUUUUGUAUACAUAUUAUAAGUGACUGGUGAAAA